AUGCUAAAGCAUCUGGCACGAUGGCGGCUGGGCAGCCAACUGCUGAAGGCAAGUGCCACUUCAGUCAGACAGGCGUCGAAAUCCGCCAGCGGUGGAAACUCAUCCACCGGCUCGGAGGAAUCCCCCAAGAAGUUUGUUAAUCCCUUCGCCCAGGCUGCUCCCGUAACAACAAAUGAUCAGAUAGCGGAGACCAAAGAGGAUCGGGACAAGCGCCUCAAGGUGCUGCAGCUGGAGGCGGACAUUGCCCACCAGGAGGGGCGCCGCGUGCCGGCCUUUGAGUUCUUCCAGGAUCACCACUGGCAGCACGUGCUCAGCCUGCCCACCAAGUCGGCUCGCAUCAAGUACUACGCCUUUCUGUGGCAGAUCGAGAUGAAGAAGGCCUCGGAGCAGCGCAAGAAGGCGCAGCGGGCGGAGGACACUGAAAAGCGGAUAGCGGAGAUGCGAAAGGAGCGCGAGGAGAACACGCACAUCAUCUACGGGCUCGGUCACACGUCCAUGUUCCUGCGCAUCUACGACACGACCAUUAAUCACUGGCAGAACAACCGGCUCACCCGCGCCAUGCAAUUUGCACCCAAAAUGGUGCUCGACUGCUCCUACGACGAGCACAUGAACAACCGGGAGGCAUCGUACGCAGCCAAACAGCUUAUGCUGUGCUUCGCCGAGAACCGGCUGAACGACGAACCCUUCGAUCUGCACUACUGCAACGCCCAGAUGGACAGCCGGUGCAUGCAGAGUCUCCAGCGCUACAUACCCACCAUGCACAAUCCAGAGUUCCCGAUGAAUGUACAUCAGCAGUGCUUCACCGAGCUGUUUCCCAAGCAGAAUCUGGUCUAUCUAACGCCCCACUGCCGCGAGGAUCUGGUCACCUACAAUCCGGACGACAUCUACGUGGUUGGCGCCAUGGUGGACACCAUGAACAACGAGCCUCUGUCGCUGGCCAAGGCCAAGCGAUUGGGCCUGCGAAUGGCGAGACUGCCCCUGGAUCGCUACCUGCAGUGGAGUUCCGGAUCAGGAAAAUCACUCACUCUCAACCAGAUGAUCAACAUCAUGCUGGACCUCAAGAAAACCGGCGACUGGGAGGCGGCCCUGAAACACGUGCCCCGGCGGAAGGUGAUCGAAAAUGAGUUCCAGCAGCGCAGGGAGAAGGAUCACUGGGGCACGGGAACGCGGGCCCGCAAGCUCAAUAUGCGAAUCGAUCAUUUGCUGGACUUUGAGGAGGAUCGCCGGCAGGCCAGCUCAUUUGCAACGCCGCAAAAGGUCAGGCAGCGACGGGAGGGCAUGGAGUUCCAGCUGGACACCUGGGCGACGGGGAAGCAGAAGAAAAAGCAGAGACAAAAUUAAAGUUACCUAGUUGUAUUCACUAAAAUUGUACAUUUAUUUCACUUCUCA